UGGAGGCGCUAUUCUGUAUAUACGCCACCCCCUGAUGUGCGACCCAUAUGUGAACACAAUAGCAUUUCCAGUGAACUGGGAAGGACUCUAGUACAGUAGUAUAAUGUAAUGUAAGCAUGCUAGUGUUCCCGUCUUUAGGCCUGUUGGGAGGGCAGGGGACGUUCUCCGUUUUGUCCACUAGAGGGGGUACUUACAACAGGUUUCUCUUCCGUCCCCAAUGCGGACAGCAGCUCUGGUCAUGCAGAACACUGCGGUGUUGUCCUCAGAAGGCCACUACAUUCUGGCUCUAAUCCUACCUGUAGGUCAUACUGAAUUAGCAUAUUCUGUAUGUCCUAGGGACAACUGGGAUGAUAUGGAAAUAGGAGUAGAGAGGUGGAGUAGAGAAUCUACAUUUUCAGUACCAUGGCAAUAAAUGAAUGGCAACAUCAGUCUACAACAGUCAACUUCACUGACUCAAAAUAAAAUUUAAAAAAAGAUCUUUUGUGGCUUACGAAAGGCACAGCAAACUUACCGUGCCUUGCUGCUUCAUUCAGCUCUGGUCUGGCCACGCUCCUCCACACUUUAAGAAAUAUACUGUGAAGUAAUGGUCUGAUUUCACACACAUCUAUUGAAAAUCAAAUGUGCCUUAUUCGAAACCAAGGGAAGCAAGUGGUAAAAGUGCACCCUGGUGAGUUAUUCCAAAAAAACAAUAUUUUCUACGUUUUGACAUUCUCAAAGCACUGCUUCUGUGACAUCAUUAUUCAUAUCAGAAACAACUGCAACAUUGGCUGGGUUUAGAAUUUUGGGAUCUGAAGAAUGCAUGACGCGAAAGGGACAUUUAGCUCAUCUGGGCUUGUAACUUGCCUGUACCCAACUAAUCUGCAUUAAGUCUGCCUGGAAGGUUUCUAGAUUCCCUCAUACAAAACCCAACAAGCUAUGCAUAAUUGAAAAUGACAUUGUACACUCCAGGAUCAACUAGUUUCCACUUGCGCACUGUGGUCGCAUGGACAAUCUUUUCUCCAUUCCACUUUGUUAAUACAUUUUUAAUGUAAAUGCAUUUCAUUGGUUCGUUGGCAUAAUGAAAUGAAUGGGGUCCUUACAAACGUUUUCUAUCACACGGUUUGGAUUGCACAAUGAGUUAACCCGGUCACCGCACACAACCUCCACAGUGGAUACUUCCAUGGUUAUUCUGAGAGGUAGUUACAAGUUCCAUACUCUUCCAUUAUAUUUACUAUAUUGUUAUUGAUUGUGGGCAGUGUUCUCUUAUACAACUGACAUUUGAUUGGGAGAGAAGGUGCCCUGGGGGGUAGAAUAAUGACAGUUCACACCAAUGGAAAUUGAUUUAUUUUUUAAGAAUAGAUGGUACUACUAUGUUUGAGGGGGAAAAAAUCUAAGUGAUAUUGGCAUUGGCCACAAAGGGAUAUUUAAAAUAUGUAUCAGAUGCUGCUGACAAUUUUUCUUUAUUGCAUUAUGUAUAUUAAUACUGUGAGAAUGGUGAGAAGGGAAAAUAGGUUAAUGUUCAUUCUCAGUAGGCCUUAUGUGCUGUAUAUUUGAGAGACAUUUUCUCUAUUGGAAUUCAAUGCCAUUCUUAAUGACACUAUCUCCAAUAACUAUUUCAGUGACAUUGACGUAACAAGGCCAGCUGCGUAGAAACAAACCACUUGGGGGGAAUACAGAAAAGGUCGAUUAGAGUUGUAGAUGGGAGUAACAUUUUAAAAUGGAUCCCGUUACUUCCAUCGUUGCCAUAUGGCACAUUAAAGAAAAAAACAUUGAGUUUUUUUCUUUAACGAUAACUAUAUAACGUUGAAAUGUGACAAAAUCCUCAUGAAUACACGAAUAGGCAACAAUUAACGUCUGAUGAAAUGUAACAUUGCUCCAGCGCUAUUUCCGGGGGGGCUUUCAGGAAAUUUAUUGGCAAUCACGUAUCACGCUCCGGUGCAGAUGCGCAUGGAACAUAAUUACGUCAAGUGGAUAUCGAGGGAGGGGUUUAGGGAUAAAAAUGAAUGAUUUUUCCCAGUCUUAUAUUUUCCCCUGGGUCUUCAGAAUGAAUGCACAUGUACGUGACUCAAGCAGGAAAACGGAAAAUAAAAAACGUAUUUGUUGUUUAAUACCAAAAUAUAGUAUUAUUAUGGUUAAGCAAUACCUUGCAUAGAUUUGUGGUAUUCUUUCAAAUUAAGUAUUUGCUUACUUUUUUAAAUGUUGCUGCUGCAGAUGCUGGAAUCUUUUUACAUGUGUGAGCCAUGAAAAAGGCAAUGGCUUCAGCGGAUAGCCAAAGUGCCCUUUCCAAACCACGGCAUCCUCAAAAAGACACACACACCUAUCGUAGCCCGGUUGGUGGCAGGUCAGAGUACGAGAGCCAAGAGGGCGACUCUUACGUUACGCCCGCUUGUCGACGUAGUCUUUGGGAUCCACAAGCGGGAAUCGACAACCUGCCAUUAGGAAAGCGGCAAGUUAUGGACAAGUUUUUCACCCCAGUUCAUAGCCCCCGUCACGAAGAAACCAAGGCCAGAGAACCUUACCACUCCCACCGCCAUCACCACCACCAGGACAACGAAGGUCAUGGUUAUAGUACUCCAGGGAGCAGCAACGGGAGCGUGAGUCGGGGCCAUGUUCACCACCGGCCAGGUGGGCACCGCACCCCAGAACACCUGGACCACCCCCCCCAUCGCACGCACCGCCACGGCUCCCCGCACCACAGCCGCUGCUCGGAUGCGCCUCCGCGCAGCCACUCGCACAACCUCGACCCGGUCGCCUCCUCCCCCAGAUCCUGCUCCCACACCUCCACAUCCUCCUCCUGGUCUUCCGAGGCCAGCAUUGACAAAGAGGCGUUCCUCACGGACAGCAGGCCGGGGCCCCGGCAUUCCCAGUCAUGCGGCAGCAUUCCUGCCGAGGGGCCGGGAUUCUGGGAUGAGGAAGAGGGAGCCCAUCUGGAGGGGCUUGAGGGGACGCACCCAAAGCAUCACCACUGCCAAGAUGACUGCGCGCACAAGCUCCACCGUGGCCAAAGCAAGAGUGAGGAGGAGCUUCCGCGUACAAACAGCACCGAGGAUGUUAGGCCCGUGCACCUGGACCAUAGCCCUCUCUACAAGUCAGCUAGCCUUGGACGAAGCCUGGCUUUCAAUGACUAUACAGAUGUCCUUCUGGAUUCAGAGAAGCCCAAAAAGGCCCCAUCCUCCAUCCAGCUCCCAAGCAAGGGUAUCCUGAAGAACAAACAGGGGCAGGGUGGAGCAGCCAGUGGGGUUAGUCAUUUUCGUAAGGCUAAGUCCUUGGAGGUGCUGUCUACCCACGUAGAGAUGACUGCAGGGGGACUGAAAGGGGGAGGGGGCGGAGUGGGAAAGUCUAAGCUGGAGGACGCUGGUGUGGAAAAACGGAAAGAGGUGGUCAGGCAGAAUUUUGUGCGGGAGAAGCUCCAGUUCUCCGCCUUCCUAAAUGAGAUCACCCGGCAGGUCAUCAGCCCCUCGCGACUCAGCUCUCUGGGAGUCCCGCAUGCCUUCGGGCUGCCAGGCCCUGGCCAGGCCUCACAAAAACCUCCCAGGAAAGAGCAAAGAGCAGAAGGGGAGAGGCAGGUGGGAGGGCAAGUGCACAGCCAGCAGAAAGAUCGCUCCGACACCCCUGACUCUGCAGUUUCCAGUGGCCACUCCCGCUCCAGCAAGUACUCCCACUCUAGCAAGCGUCAUCACAGCCACCAGCAGUCCGUAGAUGGCAGUUCUUCGCAACAGCACCACACACCAGCGGGCCAAACCAAUCCCGGCACCAACAGCCCGGAACGCUGUCUCCCGCCAGGGCAUGGGCAGGACCACAGAGGGGAGAAACAGCACCAGGGAGGAUACAGCCUUCUCCUGACUGAUGGCACCAACACCAGCCCGGAGCUGAGCCCACAUGUAGCAAGACGCCACCAUUCCCACGCGCAUCCCCAGCCCGACCCCCUCCCUCACCACCAGAAACGCCACCAGCCUCAUCUCGAGAAACGCCAACGCCACCAUGCUCGCCGCAGCCCAUCUCCGCAUUCUCCCUGUCCUCCCAAAACAGUCCAGACCGGCCACAGGGAGACCCACUCCGGGGUUCCUGAACAAGAAUCAGAUUCGUCCCAAAAUAAGGAUUCUGCCUCGACCACCAGCACCAGUCUGGAACACAGCGAUAAGAACAAACAGAUAUGCUACAAGGCUGCAGCGGCGCAAGACAAGGAUACUGUGACUGAUGUUGACCGAGACCAGUCCCUGCGGGAGCAGAACGAAGAGCUGCGUCACAGCCUGCUGCAGACGGUGGUGCGCAUGGAGUUCAUGGAGGCAGAACUGCAGAAGACCCAGGAGGAGCUGAACAGCGUCAAGGACAGUUUUAAUAGGCUCCAGGAAAGCGCUUCCAGCACUCAGCAAAGCAAUAAACUUUUAGAGCAGAAGCUUCAGACAACGGUUUUGAGCAUGGACGUGGAGCAGAAGUGCCUCACCCAGAGGAUCUCAGAGCUGUCCAAGGAGCUCGCUGCUGCUAAAGCCACCAUCCUCUCCCUGAAGACUGUUAAUAUCCCAUCCCUUCUGCAGGAACUCCUGGAUAAACAUUUCCAGUCCAAAGAGUCUGUAACUGAAUCCCUGCUGCCUGCCAUAGUCUCCACCCAAUUCAGUGAUGUUGUCCUUGACCGAGCCUCGGCUCCUGGGGACGGCCAGUCACCUUCACUGGCGCAGGAAAGAGAGGAUUAUGGGAAGAACUGGCAGCAGGCGUCAGAGGGAAGCCAACGGAGGACUGCAACCCGUCAGCCUUGGAAACGGGAGCAAGGUCACCGAAUGAGGCCGGAGGGAGACCAGAAGGGAGGUGGGGAUGCAGUGAGCGAACUGGAGGGAGGAACGGAGGCUAAAGAGCGUCUUCCCUCCUCCUUGCUGAUACCACACCUGCAGCUGACCCCGCAGCAAACCUCCCCCUCCGAAACGCUCCGUACCCCAGCAGGAGGGGGCCACGGGGUAAUCGCGCACCAGCUGGGCUCUCUAAUUGACGUCCUGUCAGUCAGCCGGGAAGAGGGCAUCCACAGUGGUAAACAGCAGCAGUGCCGCCAGAGCCUGAGCCCAGACACGCCCGGCCCAGCAGCCCUGAAGUCCACGGGUGGCCCGCAGAACUUCCCUUCUCCAGCAGGCGGCGAUCAAAGGGAUUCCGAAGAGGAUGAGAUCAUCUGCAAGUGGAGGCUGCAGAACAGCAAAGGGACGGUUGGCGUUGGCAGAAAUAGCUUGGAGAACGACGCCAGCGCGGUGACCUACCAGUCUGCUCAGAGGAUGCUGGACAACUUUAUGCGCCACCUGGAACCUCCAGAGGAGAGAGAGGGGAAGGGCAGUGGUAGAGGCUCGGCCAGUGGGUCAAAAGAAGGGUCCUUAAACGGGGAGAGAGGCCAGUUGUGAAGCGGGACGGUGUUCAGGGAGAGAGGAGCAGCCUCUAUUUCACAUCAGAUACUGUAGUGGCGCUCUUCUCCCCCAAAUGUGGUAGAGGUGUGGGCCAAUGGUGUGCCCAAAUUUUCAAUCUCCAUAUUUUGUGUUCGUAUGGGUUUAUUGUUGAUGUACUUAUGGGUUCCAAUGAACAAAAGGGACCUCUGUGUGUGUGUGUGUGUGUGUGUGCAUGUGUGUGUAGAUUACCUUUGUAUGCCUGGAGAUUACUUAACCAAACAUUGGUUGUUGAAUAUGAAUUUUUCCCCCACAUAUUUUGUAGCAUUAAAUAUGCCUCUUGAAGUAGUUUACCACCAUCUGUUGUUGUUGAAAUUGAUAAGUCAUCUUAUAAUUAGUGAAAGCUGGAUAAAGAUUUUGUCCCACACACUAAGAAAAAACUCUUGCGAGAUGCGAAUAAUAUUUUAUGUUCAGCAUCAGGAGAGAUGCCAGGUUAAUGCAGCAUGGGUAAAAGUAAUUGAAGCCUAAGAAACUACAGCUUCAGAAACUCCCAGAAUUCCCCUGUAUCCUGUCCCCCAAACACCAUGUUCCUUCUAAAAACCUAAAUUCUCUGGGCCUGAUUUACCUGUUGGUUCUGUACAAAAUAAUCCUAUUUAAUCUUUUGGGGUUAAUAUGUGUUAAGUAGCCUUGUCUUACUCCAUUUAUCUUGACCCCCUGUUCCUGCAUUGCUGUGUAAUUUUUUGAUUGAUUACUGACUGUAGAGUUCCAGUUGAAUGCAUUAUUCAAAUAUUUAUUUUUAUGUCUUUGUUAUGUUUAACCUAUUUUUUCCCAAAUAUGAUUUAUUUUACUGACUAAUUGUGGUGCUGUACAAUUCUUACUGUUCUUAGAAAAUUUAUGAGUGCAAUAGCCAGCAUUUCUGAGGUUAAAUGGUCAAAUGGGAUGAAAACCCCACAGCCUUCUGGAUAUCCCAGGAUAAGGGAUAGUUAACAAUAGUUGUAGUACAUGAGUAGAUAUACUCAUGUGAAGAGGGCUGCAUAGAUGGGGAGGUGUGCUGCCAGGAAAUAUAAGUACAGGUAAUGUUCCCAAGGUUAAAGUUAAGGUGUGGUUAACCAAACCUGUCUCAGACAGAUAUGCGGUGCACAAUUUCUGUGCUGUUUUUAUUACUUACACUUUCUGUAUACCAAUCAUCUAAUGGUUGCCUCAGUUUGACCGCUAAAAUCAUUUAAAAUGAAAAAUUAUUUUAAAUUAUGUGUCCAGAAUUGUAGAAAUCAUUUAGAUACUAAAUAUGCCACAUACUGUAUGUAUAUAGGUACUUAUACAUGGCACUGCUUGCAGUCAGAUGAGUCAAGCUACCAAUUGUAAUAUGGUUUGGAGCGCUACUACCUUUGAUGCCAAUGUACCAAAGCAUUUGUACAGGAUAUAUAAAUAAUUUACAAAGUGUCAAGGCCUCGUUGUUUUCUUUUUCCCCCCAAGUGACAAUAUGCAAUGUUAAUGUUCCUCUCAAGGACUGUUGUUGUCUAGCCCUGGUCUUAGCACAUAUCUGGAUUAUACCGCUGUACCUGUAACACCGCAAAGCUUUCUAAAUCGUUUGAUAUAAUCUCUGCAGUUGGUGCUUCCUGUUCUCGUACGUGCUUUGGGAGAGUAGAUGAGACUGUGUAUGUGAAUAUGCCCUUUCUGGUCCCAGAUGUAUUGUGUUUCAAUAAAACAAAUAAACCAACUGAACAAAA